AUGUAAGGUCUGGAAAAAGUUGCCACUUGUCUCCUCUCAGGGUCUGUGUGAUGUCAAUAAAAUUAAAACCCUCCACCACAGUGCUGUUAGCCACCAUGAGAAGUGCUAAACAUUGCCACUUCAGAAGCGGUAGAUCUGACCUCAUUUCAUGAUCACACCUAUUUUGCCGAUUCAUGCAUUUCCAUGAUCCACCCACAUCCUUUGAGACUAAGACAUAAAGAGCAGGUUGAGCAUUGUGAGGGUCUUAACACGUCAAACACCCUGAUAGGAGGAAAUGUUCUGUCUGAGGGAUUUCAUUGGUUUCAUUCUCUCUGCCUUGUUUCUGAUCAAAUUCAGUCAUGGUUCUGAGAUUAUCAACGGUAGAGAAGUGAAGCCCCACUCGUUGCCCUACAUGGCUCUGCUGGAGUCAAGCACACCACUCUGUGGGGGAAUAUUAAUUGAUCCAAAAUGGAUUCUGACUGCUGCACACUGCAAGAAUAUUAAGACUGCGUUGCUGGGGGUGCACUCCAUCAAAGAAAAGAAGAAGGAACAGCAGUUCAGGCAGAUCCGUAAGGUGAAGAGAAGUGUUCCCCAUCCUUGCUAUGAUAGCAAAGAAAAAAACAACGAUCUCAUGUUGCUCAAGCUGGACAAAGCAGUGAAGCAAACCAAAUGGGUGACACCUCUCAAGCUGAAUAAAGUUGUCAAAGAGCCAGCAGCCGGUUCAGUCUGUAAGGUGGCUGGAUGGGGAAAAACCAAAAUGGAUGCAUCUACUAUGUCAGAUGUUUUGAUGUCGACCAAUGUGACUGUGAUCGACAGAAUGAAAUGCAACUCAAAAGAUUAUUACAAUCUUGCUCCUUAUAUAACUAGGAACAUGAUAUGCGCCGGGUGGAAUGGCAAAAUCAAAGCUGACACUUGUCAGGGAGAUUCAGGAGGGCCCAUAUUGUGCAAUGACGAUUUAGUUGGCGUUACGUCUUUUGGGCGUGACUGUGGAAUUCAAAACAAACCUGGCGUCUACGCUUUACUUACUGAAGAUAACCUCAACUGGGUCAAGAAGACAAUGAAGAAAAGUGAAUGGGCGCAUUCACCUCCAGAUCAAAGACUGAGACAAGACAAAAUGUUCUCUCUGAGGGGUAUCAUUGCCCUUUUCCUUAUGAUCAACUCAAGUUACGGAUCUGAGAUUAUCAAUGGGAAAGAAGUGAAGAAGCACUCGUUGCCCUACAUGGCUCUGCUGGAGUCAAGCGAACCAGUCUGUGGGGGAAUAUUAAUUGAUCCGAACUGGGUUCUGACUGCUGCACACUGUGAAGGCAUUAAGACUGUGUUACUGGGCGUGCACUCCAUCAAAAAACGGAAAACAAAAAAGAAGUACCUGCAGGUCCGUAAGGUGAAGAGAAGUGUGCCUCAUAAUGAAUAUGAUCAUAAAACAAAAAUCAAUGAUCUCAUGUUGCUCAAGCUGGACAAGCCAGUGGACGAAACCAAAUGGGUCAAAGUUCACCAGCUGAGCAGUGUUGUCAAAGACCCAGCAGCUGGCUCUGCCUGUCUGGUGGCUGGAUGGGGAGCAACCAGCAAAACUAGUAACGUCCUAUCAAAUGUUUUGAUGUCUGCUAAAGUUACUGUGAUUGACAGAAAGAAGUGCAACUCUGCGGAACAUUAUAACAAUGAGCCAUAUAUUACCAAGGACAUGAUAUGUGCGGGGCCAAAUGGGAAGAGAAAUGAUGCCGACACCUGUAAGGGGGAUUCAGGAGGACCAAUAUUUUGUAAUAGAGUUCUAGUUGGGGUCACAUCUUUCGGGGGAUCCGAUACUGAGCCCUGCGGAUCAGUGAAGAGGCCUGGAGUUUACACUUUCCUAUCAAAAGUCCAUCUUACCUGGAUCAAUGAUAAAAUGAAGACCUCAGACGCUGAAUAACUUUUCUGACUGAUGCAGUUACAUUUCUCUAACCUCUAUUUUCAUUCUUCCAUUUGCAUUCAACUUGCAUUAUACAUAUCGAUAAAUAAAAAACAAACAAAUCAUAGACUGAUGCUUUACUGUCAAUGACAACUGUGUAUGAAAACCAAAUAAAAAAAAUAAAACCAUG